AUGUCCAACGCAUAUACUGUCACUGUUUCAGAGCUACUGAUGUUCAAGAAUAUCGACCCAAUUGUCUUCCCGGGGCAGUACAACAGUCAUAUGCACAGUAUCUUUGGAUCAGAUGCCCUCACAGUCAACACAACUAAGUCGUCCGAGCUUCAGAGAGGCUGCUCAACAACUGUGAACCCAAAUGACUUCUCAGCCUACUGGGUCCCAACAUUAUACCUAGUCCAAGACGACAACACUCACACCCCAAUCACACCAAUGCGCUUCAGCGCAUAUUACGAAGGACUAGAGGUAGCCGAGAUCGCCAUCCCACAAGACUACAAAGAAGUUGCAGGCAACGCAACGGCGAAAGCCCAAGAAGAUGUCGAGGAGGAUGCCGGGAUCAGCUGGUUCUGCGAAGGCGACGAAACAGAGGACAAAGAUGCGGCUGCCUUCCCAACAAAGACAUGCUCAACUCAUCUGCAGACACUUCUCCUCUUCCACGACUGUGUCAACCCCAAUACCCUAGAGUCUGCCUACUCAGGAAACCCCCGGAUAAACGAAGGCUAUGGGGAGAACUGGUGUCCCGCGGACAUGUCACGCAUGCCUCAGCUGCGCUUCUCCAUCCGAUAUGACCUGCGCAAGUUGAUUCCCGAUGGCUGGUCUGGAUCUCCACCCCUGGCACUUGCGUGUGGAUCUUCUUAUUGCUCGCAUGGCGAUUUCAUCAAUGGAUGGUUACCCGAGGCUGCGCAGAACAUGUUGCUGUCCCCUUCUAAGCAGGAGUAUUAUGCUGUGGAUGGGCCGAUGGGUGGUGCAAGUGACGGAAAGUUUGAAGAUGAUGAGCAGCGGGAGCAUGAAGAUCAGAAGACACAUGAGAAGACAUCGCUGGGCUUAGUCAAUGUGUGA